CCUCGAAAAUAACUGACAGGUUUGCCAUCUAGGCCAAUAAUUUUGAGACAUCUCACAUCACGCCUUUCCAGUCUUCCUCCCCCUCGCAGCAUCAAAUCUAUUUUAAAUCACGGAAUAAUUCCUUUUGUACUGAUAUUGCAACAGAGGUACAAAACGCGGGGUAAAAGAACAUUGUCGGCGUUGGUCACUUCUAUCAUAAUUGUUAUAUCAAUGUCGUGGCCCAACUAAGCAAGGGAUGGCCACCCCUUUUUAUGACCGACUAGCCACAAAAUCGCCGUGGCGGAUCAAUAUUACACUGCAUCAACUUGGCGUCGGAGGCAAUUGUCUCAUCCCCCUUAGCUAACCCCCAAAUGAUCAUCGUGAGUUACGCAAGGAGGGGGAGGGGUUGGCUUGUUAUAAGGGGAGUCCCAGACACCCAGAAACUGGAUAUCCAAAGUCGCGCAUUUUGGCUUCACUGUGCAUUUGCGGUUUUUCAUAUUGUCACUCCUUCUCAUUCCGUUGCGGUUGCAAUCACUCGUUUCAUACCGUAACGAUGCGGACCAAUGUUCUCAGCACGCUCGGCGUGUUCACCACAUUCUGUCAACCUGUUUCCUCCUGUGUAUAUGGCACAUCUCUUCUGCCCCGCGCCGAAGGCAGCUUAGAAGGCUCCCACUUUGGAUACACAGAGCCGAUCGAGCCGUUGCAAUGGUCGCAGUUGAUCCCAGACAUGGAUGGCUCUGAAUUUGUGGACGUGGGAGCGACGCUGGACAUGCUGGCCCUUGGGCGGCUUGGGACGGCGACAGAGAGCAAUGCCUUGAGGCACUUCGACUUCGGCAUCUUCACCGAGAAUAGAGUUGUCGGGGAAUACGCAUCCGUGGGGAGCCAGUUUGACUUCGAUACCGCAGCUAUCGCUUUUCUCACUUCCCUCGGCAAUACGUACACCACACAGGUUUUCGACACUGCCCUAUCUCCCGUAUCGCAUAUCGCGGAACUUGGUCAGAUUGCAACCGUCACAAGUGAACAUAUCUCGUUCGCAUCUCCCAUUGCCCAUCUGGAUAACAACCCUGUUAUGAGAUACUCUGGUUCCCUCACAACGCCUUCCUGCAGCGAAGGUGUCGUCGACGAGAUCACCAGUGUCGCGCGCCCAUUGCCGCCAGCAAUUCGGCCAGGAGGCAGACUUCAAAGAAAUGGAUGCGGUUCAACACACGCCAAGUACAGGGGAAGCACGGGAAGCCUAACCUUUUACUCGGGACGGCCAAGACCUAGACGGGAGCUCAAAUGGGCCGCGCUAUUGGUUCUAUUGAGAUGGUAGCGUGUGCUGGUCCGUCCCGCUUCUUAUCAGUGGAAGCGAUGUGAGAAUAAUGAUGAAAUUACCGGGGGAAGUGGCACUUCAAUGUAUGAUAUCUUUGGUCUCAUCUGCAGAUUAUUAAUCCCAGCAGUUUGGGAAGCAUGUGAUGCUGCUCGUUGAGCGAUUAUUUCUGGUGCAACAUGGGGGGAUCUCUGUUUGUGACGCCAGAGCGCGUCCCCGACUUUCUAUGGAUCUGGGGUAGCAGUUGGUAGUUGGCAAUUGGUAUUUUCGUGGUAUCCCACACGCCGAUCAUCAUGAACGACUUGCCUCAUGCGGAUUUAGCUGAGGGUGACAGUGGACUGGCUUUGGGGCAGUACAGACACGUGAUUGGAUGGGCUACAAAAACCGAUCUCCGG